AUGGCGACUGCUAAACUCCGUAAAGAAAACCAACAGCUACGAGAGGAAAUUGAAGAACUUCAAGGAAAUUUGAAGCAAAUAACCGCGGAUAUUUCGAAAAAGAACGAAAGCCUGAUUGAACAAGAUGGCAGACAUGCUUCCCAGUCAACCAAGUCAACAGCCGAUAAAGAUAAGUCCUUAGAGUUUAUUAGUGCUCAAAAUGACGACCUUAUUUUGUUUAAAAAUAAUACAAUGAAGGAAUUAAAACAUAUAAAUCAACAAGUUAAUAUUAUUUCAAAGAAAUGCGAGGUCAUUGCAAACGCCGUUGAGCAAAUUGAAGAUUAUA